CCUUGACGUUUAUUGGGCCUUUAGAGUGAGAGCGCUGCUAUGGCGUCGUCCUGUCUAGUUGUGCAUUGUAAUCCCAGCUUCUGGGCUCGCUCCAAAACUUGUUCCAAGCCCGCGAUUCCACAGGCGUGCUUGAAACAACGGCACCAACAUUCUCUUAUCGUCACCAAGGCAAGUAGCAGCGCUCCUCCUUCGCCAUCUUCGUCUGGGAGCAAGAGCAUCAUCUGUCCAGAGUGUACUGGAAAUGGGGCGAAGUCUUGCACCUCAUGCAAAGGCGAUGGCGUUAACUUGGAGGAUCAUUUUGGAGGACGUUUCAAAACCGGAGAGAUGUGCUGGCUGUGCAGGGGGAAGAGGCAGAUCUUGUGUGGAAACUGCAAUGGUGCUGGCUUUGUUGGAGGCUUUCUGAGCACCGUAGACGACUGAGAGAUCUAGAAACGGGUGAGACGAUGCAAACCAACUUUCUGGAUUAAAAGAGAUCUUAGUUCGUGUCA